GGUUUAAAAUCGUGUUGGGACUUCCUCUUUGAACAGUUGCCUUUUCCUUUCACACAAGAGAGAUCUCAUUUUGUUUCAGACUGUAUACAGUUGAAACCAAACCACACACCAACGAGAGGGUAUGAUGGCUAACAAGCCCCCAAAACCAGCCCCUCGCAGGAUCUUCCAGGAAAGGUUAAAGAUUACUGCUCUGCCCUUAUACUUUGAAGGUUUUUUAUUAGUCAAGCGGUCAGAAUACCAGGAGUAUAAACACUAUUGGACAGAGUUGAGAGGAACUACACUUUUCUUUUAUAAUGACAAAAAAAGCACAAUAUAUGUUGACAAAUUAGACAUAAUAGACCUCACAUGUCUUACUGAAAAGAAUUCAACUGAAAAGAAUUGUGCAAAAUUCACCCUUGUUUUGCCAAAAGAAGAAGUGCAACUGAAGACAGAGAACACAGAAAGUGGAGAAGAAUGGAGAGGCUUCAUUCUUACAGUAACAGAG